AUGGGAAAAUCUGUUCCUCUCAUCACGCCAUACAAAAUGGGCAAAUUCGAUCUCUCUCACAGGUCAGUGGGAUAGCAUUUUAUUUCUCUAGUUAUUGGUUGAGUUGAUGUGCAGUGGCCUCCAUGUCCUGUAGGCGUUCGACGUUUUGCCUCCGAGAAAUAGUGAAAUCCUCCAUGGCCCCAUCAGCCGGGAGAAUGCGGGUUUAUGAAAUUCUUCCAAGUCAGCAGGAGAAAUAACCCAAAUAAAUGGCUCGCAUAUAAAACUUGCACCAGCCUUCUGGUGACAGUAAUCCAUUUCCGAUGCAGUUUUAGCUGAUGGAUCUUGCGAUUCUGAUAAAAAAAUUCCCUUGAAACUGUGAAUGAUAUAUGGUGAGAUUGAUCGAAAUCGUAUCUAUUUCUUGACGCGAAGUUCGCUGUCGUGCUUGCAUCCACCAGAGUGGUUCUAGCCCCGUUGUCGAGGGACAGGUCUUUCCACAGCAUCCCCCAGAAACACGCAAUCUUGUAUUACUCUCAGAGAACAAGCAUGGGAGGGCUUCUGAUCGCAGAAGCCACCAAAGUUACAGACACGGCCCAAAGGUGAAACCUCGAAUUCAUGCUGUAGACCAGUGGAGAAGUUGGUGAGAGAAUUAUUCGUCCGUUCUAUUUAGCGUGCUCUGCUGACACUGUAGGUACCCUCAUUCCCCUGGUAUUUGGAGCAAAGAGCAGGUGGAGGCCUGGAAGCCCAUUGUGAAUGCAGUGCAUGACAAGGGCGGUAUCUUCUUUUGCCAGCUAUGGCAUGUUGGAAGCGCAUCUCAUUACAGUAGGUGCUCUCAGUACGACCUCUCCCUCUCUGCGCUCUUCCUACUCCCUGACAUUUCUUUACUGGAGAGGAGCUGGACGGUCUUGAUUAAGCUACUGGGCCUGGAAGAUAUUCACGUUAUUUCCUGGGAUUUUCGUCCUAUUUGAGCCCAUGAAUCAAUUUCGUCCGAGCUAUUGUCGAAUGUGGGCGUGAUCUGGUUUGAUGGAGCCAACGGUGCUUCACUCGAUGGAGCUAAUGGCAGAAAAGUUUUUGAUUUUUGGUCGUUCUCUCUGCUUGGGUUCCCACAGGUUUCCGUCCAGAUGAUCAAGCUCCCUCCUCCCUACUGGUUCGGGCUAAUGGUAUUGACACUGCAGAACUCUCCAUUGCAAGCCGCUUGAGAACGGAUGAAAUCCCUCUCGUUGUCGAUGAUUACAGAGUGGCUGCGAAGAACGCAAUCGAUGCUGGUAAUGAAUCUAUUCAGCUCUCUGUUCAUCCCGUAGAUCUUAUACUUACCACAAGGGGAAACUCUGAGACUGGCUUAGUGUUUUCUAGGGUUUGACGGUGUAGAGAUUCACGGUGCCCACGGCCUGAUCGACCAGUUCUUCAAGGACCAAGUGAACUAUCGGGCCGAUGACUACGGGGGGAGCUUGGAGAACCGCUGCCGCUUCGCGCAGGAAGUAGUCGAGGCUGUCGUCGAUGAAGUGGGAGCCCACAGGGUCGGAAUUAGGCUUUCCCCUUACGGGAGGUACGGCGAAGCGGGGGACUCGGACCCGGAUGCCCUCGGUGUGUUCGUGGCCGAUGCCAUGAGCAAGCACGGGAUCUUGUACUGCCAUGCGAUUGAGCCGAGGACGAAGAGAGUGGGAGAGAAGGGCGAGGUCCCGCGGGGCCUUCUCCCGAUGAGGGAGGCCUUCAGGGGGACGUUCAUCGCCGCCGGCGGUUACGACAGGGAUGACGGCAACCGAGCCAUCGCCGAGGGCUAUGCGGACCUGAUCGCCUACGGCCGGUUCUUCCUGGCCAACCCCGACCUUCCUCGGCGGUUCGAGCUCGACGCCCCGCUGAACAAGUACGACAGGAGCACCUUCUACAUUCCCGAUCCUGUCGUCGGCUACACUGAUUACCCAUUUCUUGAUUCCUAG